AAGAAAGAGACCAUCAAAUUUUCUUUUUCUAUCUUUUUCAAUUCACCCUCCUCCUCACCCAGGAGGGAGAUGAAGAUGGAAAAGAAACAUAGAGGAAUUCACAUUAAUCCUUCAGAAUUCUCAUCUUCGUCGCCAUUUUCAUCAAUGGCGGCCUCUACUGUCCUCCUGGGUCUAUUCUGUGUCUUCUUUGCCAGCACCUUCACCAUCACAUCUGCUGCCCCAGCCUCCACCUACACCCCACAAGAUAGCUACCUCAUUGACUGCGGAGGCACCACCUCCUCCCCCCUCCCUGACGGCAGAGUCUUCAAGACUGAUCAGCAGGCCGCCCCAUACAUUUCUUCCGAAGAUGAUAUCCAAAUCUCAGUCCCAUCUGCAGAUGUUCCUUCGCCUAUAUACUUGACGGCCAGGAUCUUUGUCGAGGAUACUACUUACAGCUUUCGCAUGUCCCGCCCAGGGUGGCAUUGGGUUAGGCUUCAUUUCUUUCCUAUGAAUAACACUGAGUUUGAUCUCCAGCAUGCUGUUUUCUCAGUGUCGACGGAUCAGGUGGUUCUUCUCCACAGUUUCAAUCUCGAUAAUAGUACUGAAUGGGUCCUCAAGGAGUACCUUGUAAAUGUUACCAAUGAGCGUUUCACCCUCAAGUUCAGCCCAAUGAGGAAUUCUGUGGCGUUCGUCAAUGCCAUUGAGGUGGUUUCAGCUCCGGACAUCUUGAUCACGGAUACCGGCUCGGCUCUUUUCCCUGUCGGGGACUUUUCAGGGCUGUCCUCCUACUCAUACCAGGUAGUGUACAGGCUCAACAUGGGAGGCCCCUUGAUCAAUUCUCAGAACGAUACACUGGGGAGGACAUGGGUGUCUGAUCACCCAUACCUCAAGUCCGAUGUCUUGGCUAAGAGCGUUUCGGUUUCUCCGAGCGUCAUCACCUACCCUGAGGGCGAGUCCCCGCUGAUAGCACCCCAACUGGUGUAUGCCUCAGCUAUUCAAAUGGCGGAUGCCCGGGUUACCAAUCCAAACUUCAAUGUAACAUGGAACUUUAACAUUGAUCCUUCAUUUGGGUACCUUAUCCGGAUGCAUUUCUGCGAUAUUGUGAGCAAAUCUCUCAAUGAUCUCUACUUCAAUGUGUAUAUCAAUGGGAGGAUGGCCAUUUCUGGGUUGGAUUUGUCCACAAUCACAUCUGCUUUGGCGACUCCUUAUUAUAAAGAUAUUGUUGUGAAUACUUCCCUGCUGUCUGAUCAGCUCACUGUUCAGAUUGGUCCGAUGAAUCAGGACACUGGUUCAGUGAACGCCAUUAUUAAUGGUUUGGAGAUCUUGAAGAUGAGCAAUUCAGUGAAUAGUUUGGAUGGAGAGUUCGGUGUUGAUGGGUCUAAGGCGGAGACUUCAAGUAACCGCAACGCGGUGGCUGCCGUCGGGUUUGCCAUGAUGUUUGGAGCCUUUGUGGGGCUUGGUGCCAUGGUGAUUAAGUGGCAGAGAAGGCCUCAUGACUGGGAAAAGAGGAACAGCUUUUCUUCAUGGUUGCUCCCGCUUCAUGCCGGAGACACCAGCUUCAUGACAAGCAAGAACUCAUUGGGGUCUCAUAAGAGCGGCUUCUACUCAUCUACUCUAGGCCUAGGUCGAUACUUCUCAUUCACUGAAUUACAGGAAGCAACUAAGAACUUUGAUUCAAAUGCAAUUAUAGGAGUUGGUGGGUUCGGCAAUGUCUACCUGGGAGAGAUCGAUGAUGGGACCAAAGUUGCUGUCAAGAGAGGAAACCCGCAAUCAGAGCAAGGUAUCACAGAGUUCCAGACAGAAAUUCAGAUGUUGUCAAAGCUCAGACACAGGCACUUGGUGUCACUGAUUGGGUACUGUGAUGAAAACUCAGAGAUGAUACUGGUGUAUGAGUACAUGUCCAAUGGACCUUUCAGGGAUCAUUUGUAUGGGAAGAACUUGGCUUCAUUGUCCUGGAAGCAGAGGCUGGAGAUCUGUAUCGGGGCGGCUCGCGGCCUUCAUUACCUUCACACUGGUGCAGCACAAGGGAUCAUCCAUAGAGACGUUAAGACAACAAACAUUUUGCUUGAUGACAACUUCAUUGCUAAGGUUGCUGAUUUUGGGCUGUCCAAAAAUGCACCCACCAUGGAGCAGGGCCAUGUGAGCACAGCAGUGAAGGGGAGCUUCGGGUAUCUGGACCCAGAGUAUUUCAGGAGGCAGCAGUUGACAGACAAGUCUGAUGUGUAUUCAUUUGGGGUAGUGCUGCUAGAGGCAUUGUGUGCAAGGCCUGCCAUCAACCCACAACUCCCAAGAGAGCAAGUGAACCUGGCUGAAUGGGCAAUGCAGUGGAAGAGGAAGGGCUUGCUGGACAAGAUCAUCGACCCCCUUCUGGCAGGCACCAUCAAUCCUGAAUCAAUGAAAAAGUUUGCUGAGGCCGCAGAGAAGUGCCUGGCUGAUCAUGGUGUUGACAGACCUUCCAUGGGAGAUGUCCUGUGGAACUUGGAGUAUGCUUUGCAGCUACAAGAGGCUUCACUACAAGGAAAGGCCGAGGAAGAAAGCAAACUGUCUGCCGCCCCUGCUCCUGCAGUAGUUCCUCCUACUUCCACAGCCGAUAAUCGCCCACUGUCCUCACCAGAAGAGAGUAACAAUCCAGCUGAAGUUCAGGUCAUUGAUGAGCACUCAGGAACUGCAAUGUUUGCCCAAUUUUCUGGGCUCAGUGGUAGAUAAAAAAAAUCCUAAAUAUGGUUGACUAAUUGAACCAUCGUUUAGAUCAUUAUAAUUUUGAGCAUCCUGUGGGGGAUCCUUAUUCAUGUGUAGUCAUGGUGGCUUUACCACUACUUCAUGAAUGUAACAUAGUUAGCAUUUCCAAGGUCUGCGGGUUGGCGUUUCUCAUCUCAUCUUACAUAAUAAUCUGCACUGCUGUAUGCUCUUUCCCUUCACUUUGUUUUUCAGCUUUCUCUCUUCUUCCUCCUCUCUCACUCUCUCCUUUCUGUCUCUUCUCUCCUGGGGUACUAUCUUGUUCAUGGUCCAAGUUGA